GCCAGAAGUCGUGUCGUAGAAACAAAAAGAUGUCUCUUCCUUUCAAUUCUUCCACGGCUGUCCUACACAUUCGAAAGGUGAAAAUACUUGGAGUAAUUUUGCUUCUGUUGGUAACGGUUUAUUUGAUAACUUUAUUGCUGACGAAUGAGUGGAACCCAGGUGAAGUAUGGCUUGUACAUGUUAAAAUACAUGUAUUUAUUUAAUAACUAAAUCUGAGAAAAGGCUCCUUCAGCGUAAAGCAACCUCUUCACAUAAGAAAUAGUUCAUAAAAAUAAUGAAAAUGACUCUGAUUAUUAUAAGUACUGAUGAUGAGGAGUCUAAAAGUAAAAAAUGAGUAAAGCAUAUUUUUCGUCAGAUUGAAUAUACAGAAAAGAACACUUAGAACCAGGGGCAACAAACGACGGUUUUCUCCUAAACAAGUGCAUUGAAAACACUUUUUAGACUAUCCAGAGUACUUUGAGAUCUCUACAAAUGCAUUCUAAGCGGCGCUAUAAAAUUCAGUGAAUUUGUUCGGUGAUCUUUUCCAAACUACAAGGUCUUCAGAAGAAGAUAUCAAUUAAAAGGCUUUCCACAUUCUUCUCCAUAUUGUAAUGACUCUCCAUCAUUGAGGAACACGGCUAAUCGUUUUCAUAUCUGUCAUGUUCAACACGAGUUCGUGAAAAAUUGGUAAUGUACACAAAAUAAAUUUAGAACAAAAAAGUCUCAAGUUAACACAUUUAUUAGACAACUGAUUGCAUGGACGGAUUUUAUUUUAUUUUUUUCCGGUAAUCUUUUAUCACAUGCACACUUGACGUGCAAUUCACCUUAGUCAAGACAACCAAACCUGCCGUAGAAUAUGCUGAAAAACAAGACAAGGUAAGUUGCGGUUUCAAAGGCAACAUGGUGAGUUAUUUACAGAAUUAUACUAAUAUCAUUACGGUGAGUUAUAAUUAGUCAUUGGUUAGCUACCAAAUCAUGAAAUUUUAAUAUUUGGCAUUCAGAAUAUAUUGACAUUUCGAAAUUUUACGUACAGAAUAUUGAAAUUUUAAGUUUUGACAUUCUAAAAAAAAAUUCAAGAUUCUCCAUUACAAAUCUUGAAAUGUCUCAAGAUUUUGAAUACCAAUUAGUGCUUUAAAUACAACAUUGACAUAAAGUGCAUUUUUUUACACACACAGGCUGAACAGGGCAUGAAACAAGCAAACUAAGUCGGAUCAUUUUACGUUUCUGGGAAACUUUCCACCUACCCCUCCCCUAAACCAAUAUUUUGCCCUAAGUGAGAAGUAAGUGUUAAUGUUGGCUUAGGGGAGGGGUAGGUGGGCAGCUUCCCAGAAACGAAAAAUGAUCCACAAAGUCUUCUACCUACAACUCCAGCCGGUCCGUACUACCUUUACCAUGGCUUAAUUCUUUAGUAUAGCUAAGACUUUGUCGACACGAAUCCAUUUAAAAGACAUUAAACGAUCUCGCAAACAAAACGAUUGUUAGAGAGGAUAAAAUCGUGACAGAUAAAUAUUUGCCUGCGUAGCAAGCAUUUCCGUUACGGAAUUUCGGUUUUGGCCGCGCGAAACCGCACAGAAACGUCUUUGCUAUGCAGGCUAGAUAAACAUAAUUCUCAUAUACUAUUAACAGCUGUAAUAAUACGACGUGAUUUAACCUACCUUGAGUUCUUUUUCGGCAAUGCCUGCAGUUUUAUCUACUUCGGGCAAGGUCCUGACCACUUCAACAUCUAUGGAGGAAGUAAAUGCCUCUUAUUAGCCGAGUUUUCGCUCCGCACUGUAAAUUACGGACCGAGUUUUUUUCCAUCGAUUUAUGGCCCAGGCGCGAAGCGCGCGGGCCAUAAAUCGAUGGAAAAAAACGAGGAUCCGUAAUUUACUGUACGGACCGAAAAAACGAGGCUAAUAAGAUGUUUAUUAUAUGGCUUCUUCCUGUUUGGGGGACCGGAAACAAGUGUAGGACGCACGAUUUGACAAUCAUUUGACAGGUGUCAAAAAAGAAAGUUUUUAUUGGCGCACGAAAACAAUAUCACAUAACAAACGCUUUCCGAGAAAGUAAAAACAAAUUCACCAUGUUCAAAAAGUUUAUUCGGUCAAAACUAAGAGCACUGUAAGUUUUAGCUCUUUAGUGUAACGCUGGAGUAUUUUGAAAAUCGCACACUGUGUCUGUCUAGAAGUCGUUUCCAUCUUUCCCCCGUUUGUCCUUGUGAAAAAACACUGCAAAAGGCAAAGAAGCUUUUCAAGGUAAGUUUGUUGUCAUUGUCGAAGGAUUCGCUCGUUAAUUGUUUUUGUCUUUCUGCCAGUUCAUUCUCGUCUUCAAUGGUGAUCUGCGUUAAAAUUUUCAAACACUGACUAGAAUUCUCUUCCUCGGUAAGGUUACGAUUCAGUUUCUAUAACAGCUUCGUUCUCAUUAAAACAAAGCUAGGUUAAAAUUUGGAAAGGUAAAGUCAACAUCUCAGUCCUCAGGGUUUACAUACAUAUUUCAAAGUUUAUUCGGUGGAAACUACGAGCACUGUAAGUAUUCACUCGUUAAUGACGCUGGAGUCUUUUGAAAACUGGACAUUAUUGUGUCUGGCUCGAACUCGCUUCUAUCAUUCUUUCGUUGGUCUUUGAAAAAGCACUGCAAAUGGCAAAGAAGCUUGUCAAGAUGAUCGGGUGCAGGUAUGUUUCUUAUCAUAUUUGUUGAAGGGAUUACUCAUUUUCUCCAAGGCAAAACGUCUCGAAUCUCUGCCAGUCGAUUUUCGUAUUCUUAACUGUGUACCACGAUAAAAUUUUCAAACACUGACUAGAAUCCUCUUCGAUAAGAUUACGAGUUAGUUUCUUCAUCGCCUUCGUUCACAAAUAAACACAGUUUAAAAUGUUGAAGGCCAAAGUCAACAUCCAAGUCCUCAAGGUUGACAGGCGUCUUAUAACUUUAUUUAAACAUUUUUUCCGCGGUAAAGAGAUUUUGACCUUCCAAAAUGAGCAUUUUUUUUAAACGUUUUGGUCCGUAUAGCAAGUUACGGACCGCAAAUUGACCAAUAGCAUGGCGAAAACAGACUCAACCAUAUAAUAAAGUCAGUUACAGGGACAACAAAGAUGAAAAAUAAAGAUUAUUAUCGAGUUAAAAUAAAGCCUCAUUUUAAUUGCAUUUUUUCACCAAUAGUUAUCAUUAUUGCCCGCGCGGACAAUGAAAUCGGCCAGCGGACGUUAAAUUUCCACAAAUCCUUGGCCUGCCGCACCCUUGGCGUUUCCUUGACAAGCGUCCUUGCUGAGUCAUCACCGCUGGCAAAUAUCAAUUCUGACAAGAGGACCGAGUACCGAGGACGACUGGGAACAGGCCUGCGAAAAUUCCGUAACGGACACGCUUGCUACGCAGGCUAAUAUUUAUCUGUCACGAUUUUAUCCUCUCUAACGAUCGUUUUGUUUGCGAGAUCGUUUAAUGUAUUUUGAAUGGACUCGUGUCGAAUUGGUCUCAACUAUACUAAAGAAUCGAUCAAAUGUCUGUACGAUCGAUCAGUUGUCCGUAAUCAACCAUGAUAAGCUGUCUCAAUUGAUCAGUUUUGCUAAUAAUCGAUCAGUUCAUUGUUGAUCAGCGUAAACUCGGCUUGUAUAAUCUACCAUUAGCUACCGUUGUGCGUAUUUUCAUUCAGUUGUGACUAAAAUCGAUCAGUAGUCAUUAUAUAUGAUCAAUGAGUUGUGCGUAUUUUCAUUCACUUUUGACUAAAAUCGAUCAGUUGUUAUGUGAUCGAUCACUAGUGCGUAUUUUCAUUCAGUUGUGACUAAAAUCGACCAGUUUUUAUAUGAUCGAUCAUUAGUACGUAUUUUCAUACCGUUUUGACUAAAAUCGAUCAGUUGUUAUAUAUAUGACAAAUGAGUUGUGCGUAUUUUCAUUCAGUUGUGAGUAAAAUCGAUCAGUUGUUAUAUGAUCGAUCAGUAGUGCGUAUUUUCAUUCAGUUGUGACUAAAAUCGAUCAGUUCUUAUACGAUCGAUCAAUAGUGCGUAUUUUCAUUCAGUUGUGUCUAAAAUUAACGGGAAAGGCAGGGUAAAAUUUUUAGUAGUGUCGACUGAUCUAUCGGUCGAUAUAGCGAUCGAUAGUCGGUCGACACUCGGUCGACACUCAGUCGAAAGUCGGUCGACACUCGGUCGAUAUUGCGGUAGAUAGUCGGUCGAUAGUCGGUCGACACUCAGUCGAUAUAGCGGUCGAUAGUUUUUUUUUUUUUUUUUUUUUUUAAAUCUUUAUUUAAACACGGGAAAUCAUCAGUUAAGCUUAAGUUAAAAACUAAAACUAAUUACAACUGCUUUACAUGAUUGCCGUGUGGGAAUCCGAUAUAUCAGCUACCUUCUUGAUAUUUCGCUUAAAAUGCUCAACGGAUGCAGCGUUUUUUAAGUUUUUGGGCAAGUUAUUCCAUAACAUGGCCCCGCUGUAAGAGAAGCUUCGUUUCAAAUAAUUAGUGCUUGGUUUGGACAAGGUCAGCCUUCCCUCAGAGUUUCUUAAGUUGUAAGCAGAGUGACGCUGAGAGAAAAGACUUUGCAGAUAUUCUGGAGCAAGGUCAUUCAUGGUUUUAUACAUCAUUACGGCUUUUUGUUUCUUUCGUCGAAGAGAUAGCCUCUCCCAGCUGAGGGUGGAGAGAAGGUGGUUUGAGCUCGCAUCAAAGGGUGAUUUAGUAAUAACUCUGGCUGCACGAUUCUGUAAUUUUUGGAGCUUAUCACUCAAGUAACCACUCAAACAGUCCCAGACGGGGCUGCAGUAAUCAAAAUGAGGCAUAAUUAAAGCGUUAUAAAUUUGAAUUGCAGUUUCUUUGGAUAUAAAGGGCCGCACACGUUUUAGGGCGCCUAUAGCUGAAGAGACUUUCUUGCAAAUCUCUUCAACGUGUUUACCCCAAGAGAGUUGAGCAUCUAUGGUAAGACCCAAGGAUUUGGUAUGAUCGACUCUCUUAAUAAUUUGGUCAUCAAUUCUGAUUUCUACAUCGUCACAUUGGGCAGAUAGUCUUUGUCUUGAUCCAAUAAUCAUUAGCUCUGUUUUAGCAACAUUUAGACUGAGCUUGUUAGCUUUCAGCCAACAGCUAAGGUUAUUUGAUUCAGGGGUUAGAGCUAGCUUAAGCUCUGUUAACGUCUUAGCAGAUAACGUAAGGUUGGUGUCGUCGGCAAACAUUCUUGAUACGGCGCCCCGCAGGGAGUUGGGAAGAUCAUUAAUGUAAAUUAAAAAUAGCAAAGGACCCAAUAUGCUACCCUGCGGCACGCCGCAACUGAGGGUACGAGCAGAUGAUAGUUUGCCACUGACAUUACAUCUUUGGGUUCGGCCACUUAAGUACGACGAGAACCAUUUUAUAGCUGCCUGAUCGACACCCAAGUACGACAUCUUACGCAAGAUGAUCUCAUGAUCAAUGGUGUCGAAUGCCUUAGUAAGGUCAAUAAAGACAACGCCAUUUAGAAGGCCAUUGUCGAUGUUUACUGACCAAGCAUUUGUUGCCUCAAGCAAAGCCGUGAGCGUACUAUGUAGAGAACGGAACCCUGAUUGGCAACCUAGUAGCAAUUUAUUAGUUGGUCGAUAGUCGGUCGAGACUAGGACGAUAGUCGGACGACACUCGGUCGAGACACGGUCGAUAGUCGUUCCAGAUAUGUCUCGGCCGAUAUAGCUUUUCGUUCAUCGAUACUUCACCGACACUUCACCGAUGUAUCGGUCAGUAAUUGGUCAACGCUCGGUCGAUGGUCGGCCGACACUUGGUCGAUAGUCAGAAGAUAGCAAGAAUACCUUAAAGAAUUCAUGUGGAGACGAUGGCAUGGUGAGCCUCACCCCAAUGGCUGUUUUGGUCGACUCGUACUGAUGCAGGACAUUGCAGAACAGUAUCCACUGUAAAUAGAAAUCAAUGACCUUUGUUAGCUAGCAUUUCCUACAUUUUUUUGGUUGGAAAACAAGAAAUUAGAAAACAUUUCCUAGCUUGAGUAUUGGUGUUAACGCGGCGCAUACUGUUUUCCUUUUAUUGGAUAAUCAAAGGUUACUUACCAUUCAAUAUUAAUUUCUGUUACGCAUGGCCGUCUUUAUUUUGAACACAAUAUAUAUAAAGCGAGAGGACAGAGCAAAAGGACAGGAUAAUGUAAUGAGAACGUAUGAGUAUUUUCCUAGCUGUAAAUUGAAAUCAUCCCCACAAUAAAUGAAUGUGUUCAGUCUGCUGGAUAUUGUGUCACCUUCCUCGGCGCAUUAUCAGCGUGUUCUAUCAAUAGCUGAUCGUUAAACAAAGGACUGUUCCCGUCUUCAAUGCAGAAAUAUAAUAUAUAGAUUUAGCCAGGGCUAAAAGCGAGGCUCCCAUUAAUAAAUUUAUAAUUUAAAUCAAACAAUAAACUUGUAUUCCACAAUUCAGUUAACUUUAGAGCACAUUCGUGUGACUUUUCAGGGAAAGGCCAUGGAUAAUAGAAAGACUGGAUAGGAAACUGGCUGACGUGAUCGGUUCCAACAUAGUGGAAAAAUGUGACGUCACAUUAUCGAGAGCCAUUCAACCUCUUACAUCCGAUGUUUUGCGUGUCUUUAAUUAAUUGUCGCAUAUUGCCCAUAUUGCCCAUGUUUUGAAAUAAAGGAUGAAGAGUACUUGUUCUUGGCGAAGACAGUUAGAGGGUACAAAAGCGGUAGAGGCAAAAGACUGAGUAAAUGAUAAUGGAACUUGUGAGAGCGAACAAUGACUCCAGCGCCCGAUAAUUUUAUGCACCAAACGAGAAGCCUAACUACAUAAAAAUUAUGCGAAAACUUACAUGUAUACAGCUACAAAACACCUGUAAAAAAGGCACAGCCUAAUUUUCUACAAACCACAAGAAAACCGGGAAGAAUUUUAAAUAUUUUUGUCACGGUUUUGACGAUUUCUUUUCUGCUUUUAUACGAGCUCAGCGAGUGUCGAAUUUUACAAGUUAACAACUGACUCCUGACAAAAUGAUUUUAUUAGCGGUAAAACUGUCGAGACUUGAUGUUUCAAGUACCCAGCUCAAAGGAGGGUUUAAUUUUCCAUUCAAAUUUAUUUACGGACAAUCAGUGACAAGAAGCCGUAGUUGAGAACUGUAUAAAACAUGAUAAAAAGCGGGGAUAAAAAGCUCAGCAGAGAAAGGAAAUGUGCUUGCGGACCACCGCGGAAACGCUGUUUCUAACUUUCUCAAAUCAAUUUUCAUAGUAAAGCGGCAAGUUCUUUUGUUAUUUUCAGGUAUAAAUGUACCAUUACCUAAGGUAAUUUUCAGUCAGGUCUUUGAAAAAGCGAAUUGCAACGCUUUUAAAAAUGUUAUGUAAAACGGUUAAUUGUUAACCACUAGAUUACAGCUGGGAAGCAAACUCGUGAUUAAUAGUAGGCCCUUCACUUCUUUUUAUGAGGAACACUUGUCUUCCACUGAUAAGGCUUAUAAAGCUUAGAAAUAUAUUUAUUCUUUGAAAUACUGACCUCUUUUUAGGAUGAAACAACCUUUAAGUUUUUGUAUUGUAGUCUUGAUGAUAUAGAAAUCACCUCUGAAAAUUAAACAUUAACACUGUUCCCAAAGAAAAUAGAAGCUGAUUAUUAAAAAAAAUAAAUAAAAAAAAGUAACAUCCAGGAUUUUUGUUUAGCCUGAGGUAAGUGGAUAAGGGCUUGAAAAAAUAUGACUGUCUGGUCACAUUAUUAUGUUGUUGAAAACAAAAUUCAUACCCCAAACAAGUACAGGUAUAUGUUUUAUUAAUUUGAUUUAGAAUACAUCUUGGUAAGGUUUAUCAUCUACAGGUACAUUGUUGCUUUGGAUCUCUAAAAGAACCGAGUUCAAUAAUAGUGCUAAUCAAGUCCAUCUCUGGUUUGAAAAACAAUGUGAUUCAGAUUUAGACCGCUUCAGAGAAAAACACUAACCAAAUCUAAAACACAUUACUCUGCAGCUAAUACAUGCAGUGACCCUCACACACAAUUAAUUUGUCCCAGUCAGAAAGGAGUAGCUAACACUCUUCAGAUGUGAUGAAUAAAGCUUAAAGCACCUUCUGAUCAGAAAUAAAUUAUAUGCCACCUUCUGGCUCUCAUGCAUGACAAAAGUAACUUUAGUUGCUGUUUUAUACAGAAAGAUUGAUUGAUUUGUGCCCUCUCAGAAGAUUACUUGACCCUGCUUGACCACAAUUUACUGUCUUCAUUGACUAAAGUGUUCAGCAAAUCCUACAAAAAAGACAAACACAAGGAAAACUAAAACACUGUUUACAAAAUAACAACAACACUUAGGAGCCUAAACGGAGGCCAAAAAUCAGCAGUCAGUAGGUGUAGUUUAUGUUUAUGUAGUUUAUGUACAAAAAAAAUAUUCGAGUCUCUUCAGUACCUUCGAAUACAAGCUGCGAGGAGCGACGUGAGGCGAUUGUAUUCAAUGGAUAUGUAAUUUAGAAGUUAUAUUUCAACAUGAAAAGAUGAGUGAAAUUAACAUACUGCUUUACGAACAAUUAGCAGGGUUAAUCUAGGAUAUUACUUGAGCGAAGCAGUUCUCAACACAAACAAGUCUGCCCAUUGGAAAAUUGCACACCGUGUGCGUACACUUGUUCGGCACUAGCUCCGAAUGUAGUUAAUUUCGGUCAUUUUCAAUCGAAAUGUACGGCUGGAAAAUAACAGCACUCAGUCUGUAACUAUGCCUAUGCCACAAUUCCAUCCUUAAAACAUCUGUCAAUCGUAGUUAUAAAUAGAAAGAAGAAGGAACCUUCUAAAUAAAGGUGUCCCAAAAUAGUCCACAAGUCUAGUAAAUAUGGCUCUGUAAGGUAAAUUUUUGGGACGAAAUUUUCUCAAAGACAAGGACAAAUAACACAAAACAACAACAAGAAGUGCUUACCUCGAAGGUUCAAGUGUGGCUUUGAAGGGUCGCCAUCGCCGCAAGACAACAAACGAAGGGAAAAACAUACACCAAAAAUUAAAGUAGCACUAAAAACUCCGAAAAAGAACAACAUGCAGGCAAACAAACCCUACAUUUCGACUGGUGUGCGCCACAUUUUCGCCAUCAUUUCGUCACAAAUUUCCACUAUGAUGGAACCAGUCAACGCCAUCUUGAAGCACGAACCAGCCAAUCGGCGAUUAGAAAUCAGCCCACGUGACAUAAGUUUCCUAUCCAGUCUUUCUAUUAUCCAUGGAAAGGCUAAGUGAUUUUACAAAAAUAAUUUGCAAACAGCCCAAGAGUGAACCAAAUCUCACAUCGAGUUGAUAGCCUCAUAAGUACAUCCAAAAACUGGCAAUCAUCUUCGAUCACAUUUAUUAAGAGCCAUAAUGGCUCUUGAUCACCGUAGAUUAAUUAGGCCUGGAAAAAAAAUUCCGGCCGAAUUUUUUGCGUUCGACAAGUUUAUUUCACAAAAUCUUGCCAACAACAAGUCUGGGUGCGUGUAAACCAACCUUUUAUAUCAUUUAUACAUCACAUCUGAGGUGAAACAGUACUAUGAGGCACUGUUUCUAUCAUACAGACCUCGGACAACAGAAUGCAGUAUUUCACAAUAUUGCGAUACAAAUUGCUAUUCAGGACGAUCGAAGCACGCGUGGGCUUUAGCCGUAAACCGUUGAAAAAAUUUUCAAAAUCCUCUAUACAGCCAGCCGGUUCUGACUUUUACAGUGUUAGCAGUGGCGAGUGUUUGAACGAAAAUUAACAGAGUUACGGUCCAACAUAAUAAAGAAUUUAUUAUGUUUAUUUUUUAUUUUAAAACGGUUUAACGCGCGGCAUUUUGACUACUCCGGGAAGCGUUGUUUACUGAACGACUGAAAACAAUCGGCACAACAAUUAAAAUUACAAGAGAGAGUACUAACAAUCAAUAAAACAAAUAUAAUUCGGUAAAACUUAUACAGAGACGACAAUUUUCGUUCAGGAAGACAAGUAUUAAAGUGUCUCUAAAAAUCCUGAGUCUUCGAGCUUAAAGCUGAAGUUUAUGUUUUAAGCCGGCUUCCCGGUGUUUGCUUUUUUCAAAGACGAACUCGAGGUAAGAAAAUCGCUCAAACCUUUCUCUUACAGCCAGAAUUAUAACUAAAUUAAUAUUCUUUGAAACGUUUUCUUUCUAUUUGCGGUGAGAAGAUGUCUAAAGGCUUUUUAAAGAUUUGUAAGCUUAUAUGUUAUAACAAACCUGAUACUCGGUCAGAUCAUUGUCUCAAAUCUUAGAAACGUGCGUAAACAAAAUAGCCGCAUCAACUACGCUCGACUUCAUGAAAUUAGGAAUAAAAAACAAACAUCAAAUACAAUAAUUACUUAGGCUUACCACUCGAGAUGCAGCUCCUGAAAGGUAUCAAGUAACGCCAGUAUCGCUUCAGACUUUGCAAACCUCUUACGCAUUAAGCAAGAUGAAAACGAAAACGAUGCCAUCCGAAAUCGGAUUUCCGACUUUGACUCAACCAAAAACCCAAUAAACAAACUAGCCAUGAAUAACAGAAGACUCCUGAUAGCAGCUGAAUUUCAUUUUGUACAUCCAGUGGAAAAAGAAAGUUAAAAACAUCGCAAGUUGACACAAAACUCUGUCAGCUUCAGCUGUCAAAGUAAACAAGAUUCAAGAUGCUGCAUAAAUUUUUCGCAUGAACUCACCUGUCAAAUUUUGACCAAUCAGAGCAUAAAAAUUGGACGUAGAGCGUGACCAACGCGUGAACAUGGCGAGAAAAGUCAAAAGCAACUGUUUUCCCUGCCUGUAGCUGCUGGCUGAAUUUUCGCGUCCGAGGUCAGUUUGAAAUCAAAAUUUUAAUUGUGCGGCACAUAAACACCACAUAUUUCAUAUGAAUUUUAAAAAAAAUUAAACUUGAGCCUGCGAUCAUUUGAAAACCAGUACCUUGUCAGCGGAUAACUUCAAAAAAACACUUGCCCUCGAUGGGUCGACACCUGAGCCCGCGAUGCAGUCAAGUGAUACUGGUCAGCAGAUACCUUGUUUUGACAGCUGUCAAUGGAUCACAACAUUGACGUGUAUCAGUUUUCCUGUGCUCCGAUCCCAAACUAGCUAGAAAGUAUGAGACUGAACAUUGAUCGCGAUCUAGUAAAAUAAUUAGCUGGUCAGCGGACAGCUUCCAAAUAAAUUACGUCACCUCAAUGAGUUGACACAUGAGCCCGCGAUAUGGUCAUGGGAUACUGGUCAGUGGCUAUCCUGUUUUGACAGUUGUCAAUUGACCAUAUUGUGAAUGUCCAAUGUAAAAGAUGUGGACUUGGCAAGACACGCCUGAGACACCCCUCCCUUCGUUUUGAUAGUCUCUCCUACCCCACCCGUACAAUCCGUAGACGCGUACGUACGUACGCUCGGUCAAUCACGUGACAACCAAAGGAAAAGAGGUUGACCAUAAUCGAUGGGUAUGGGGCUCUGUCCCACGCGCGCUUCGCGCGCGUAGGAGCCCCGCUAUAAGUUUAAUUUGUGGUCUCCGCACAAGCGAGAACUCGGCGUGAUGAAACAGGUCAAAGCCCAAUAAUAAAAGAUGUGCAUUCCUCGCUCUUAAAGCAUGUCAUGAACUGCCCUUCCUAUUCAUUAUCCGUCCAAUUCGGGACUGCGGGAGCAGUCGUUUCUCUCGUCCAUCUUUAAGUAUUCUUCGACUGCGGGACCACAGAAGCAGCAGAUUCAACUUAGACUCUGACAGGUUCUGUUUAACAGCCAAAAAUCAGACGAUCGGUGAUCAUACAAACUGGCAAAAAAAAGGUUACCAUGUCCCUAGUUUCCAGUGCCCUUCGGUUCGCUUCAUAGAGUAAUUGCGCCUCGCACUGCCACAUGUUCCUCCAUCUCAUGAUAACAGUAAUUAACGAUGUCAUUGCUUAAAAAGAAAGCCAUUGGACUCACCUGCUAAAUUAACUAACGACUGAUAUUCGACCGACAGUUGACCGAUAUGUCACCGACAGAUGACCGGUAGUCGGUCAAGGUGCGUCGUCGAAAUAUCGACCGAUACUCGGCCGAUAGUCUAUCCCACGAUCGACUGACUAUCGACCGACUGUCCACUGACUAUCGAUCGACUAUCGACCGCCGACCAUCGAACGCUAUAUCGACCGAUAAAUCGGUCGACACUACCUACAGUAAACAACAUCUAAGUUUUAAAGAAAGAAAAAUUAACGCGACGUACAAACAGAAACGAAAGUUGUUUAAAGAACAGGGACUAAUUUAUUUAAAGUUGAUCGAAAUCCAGGAAGCAGAUAUUGAGAGUAAUAUUCUUCUCACAGUACCCUGCUAGCAGUGGUUUCUCCAGGCCGGACGCUGGAGAAACCACUACUCGCAGCGACCAUGAAGAUGAAAUGUUGUUACAGUAAUGAAAUUGUGAAAGAUUGAUCGGAAAUUUUAAAAGUGCGCGAAACUAAAGCUAUUCAGUUUUCUAGUUUUCUUCUAAGAAUGUCUGGAGUAUGUCGAGAAUUCUGGGCUAAAAUGAUAGAAGGUAAAAUACACACAAUUGACCGAUUUUAGUCACAACUGAAUGAAAAUACGCACAACUGGUAGACUGUACAAGCCGAGUUUACGCUGAUCAAUAGUAUAGUACCCGAUAACUGUUACAUAAUAAACUGAUUGAUUAUUAGCAAAACUGAUCGAAAUUUAAGACAGCUUACCAUGGUUGAUUACGGAUCAUAUACAUCGAUUUAAACACGACGGAUUACCGAUUGAUGAUAUGCCGGCUGAUCGAUAUUACGUAUCUGGUAGAAAAUUAGCACAAUAUAGUAAUAUUUUAAUUGAUCGAUAACUGGUCGGUAAACCCGAUCCGCAAAACUGAUUGAUUGGAGUUCAAAGUAAACUAUUAAGAGAUUGUUCUUAAUAAUGACGACGAAAAAUCAAUAAUGAAAGGAUCAUGCGUCCUUCUUUCUGAUUUUCAGUGCUUAUAUCCAUGAUUCAGAAAAGAAAAGGAUUAAAAAUUUAUAACCAAUGAAAAAAAUAAUUUCGACACAAACGGCGCGCCAUACCCACUUACCCCUCCCCUAAGCCAACAUUAACACUUAGUUCUCACUUAGGGCAAAAUGCUGGCUUAGGGGAGGGGUAGGUGGGCAGUUUCCCAAUCCGACUUUGUUUGUUUGUUUCAUGCCCUGUUCAGCCUGUUUGUGUAAAAAACUGCACUUUAUUUGAGUGUCAAUGUUGUAUUUAAAGUACUAAUUAGGGACACUACUUGACCACCAGUUUACACGGUUUAAGCGCCCCUACUGACUAAGCUAAUCCUGAUUGUCCUGAUUUCUAAUCGCACCUUCUGGCUAAAGCUCUCACGUUUGUAAAUCCACUUUUCAGAUAGAGAAGGAUGGUCACCUUUUGGAGCGGAUUGAACAGAGACAAACUGAGCGACAGCAGCGACUUAGAGACUACUGUGAGAAGCACGCUUCAAGCAGAAAUCGAAGCGCUCGAUACAAUCAUCCUGUAAUUGUUAACGAUGAGUACAAAGUAAUCUUCUGCUAUAUUCUCAAGGUAGCCUGCAGUCAAUGGAAACGUGUCUUUCUUGCUCUUGAAAACCGCAUCGAUGUGGAUGAUGUGCAUAAUGACAAACAUUAUACAUUUCUCUUAUAUGAUUAUUCGGACGAGGAUAUUAAAGUGAGGCUAAAAUCUUACUUUAAGUUUCUAUUUGUUCGCGAACCGCUCGAGAGGCUUUUGUCAGCCUGCAAUAACAAGUUUGUAAACAACCAAUGGCCUUGAACGAGGAUUCAAAGUUAUAAAACGAAAAUUUUGGAAAGAUACAAACAAGAUGAACUUUGCUCCAAUAUUUCUGACCAGGAUCUUACUUUUAAGAAGUUCGUUUAUUAUGUGAGUGAUGUUUGGUUUUAUAGAGAUGCACACUGGCGAUCGUACGGCUCAAUUUGUCACCCGUGUGAUAUAGAGUACGAUUUCAUCGGUCAUUUUGAGGACAUGCCAGAAGAAGCACCUUAUAUCCUACGGCAAAAAGGAAUGGAUCGGGCGGUGACCUUUCCUCCGUUUCUUACCCACAAUACUACAAGUCAAGUCUUGCGUCCAUGUUACUUACAAGUGUCUGCUGCGCUAGGCUCAGUCUCCAGCCGUGGGUGUUUCGCUGCGCCCGCGGUACUCCCCACCAGGCUGGAGACUGGGACUCCUGCUUCGUAGCCUACCCGAAAUUGACUCGCUCGUGCAUGGGACCUUUUGACAUACUAAGUGAUAUGGGAAUAAGAGAAAACAUGUAAUGAAGUAGACGGAUACAAUAAAUAGUUUAUCUAGCGGUAAAUCGGAUAAACCUUUAAAAAUGACAACAAAUAAUUUAGAUUAAACUCUACAAUGUAAUCUAGAAAAAAAUCACCUAAUAAAAUCGUCUGAUAUACAUGACUGUAAAAAAUACUAUUCUUUUUAGUCCGUUUGUUUUGGCGACGGUUAACGUGACAUCUUCGGUUAUUUUUCAGAUUAAGACAAUUACUAACACAACUUUUGUUUGGCUCUGGUAAAAAUAAGUAUGAUCCGCGAUUCAGGGGAUUAUUGAUGUAUGUCCUGAAACAUUUCGGCCCUUUAAACCUUUGGUAAAAAUAAGUAUGAUUCGCGAUUCUGGGGAUUAUUGAUGUAUAUCCUGAAACAUUUCGUCCCUUUAAACCUUUCUCCGAUCAAACAGUGUCUCUAAACUAGAGAUUCCUAGUGCCUCCCGACAGGUGACAUGCGGCGACACAAUUAUCAUAGCGGGCUUCUGCAAGCCCUCCAGUAGAAAAGUAUGAAACGGUAAACUGAUUCUAACGGCAAGGCGAUCAAGAAGUAAACAAAUGAAUAAAACAAAAACUAUAUAUUUAAACCUAUUUAAGUUUAAUUGUACUGAUCCAGGUCUACAACUGGGAGAACCGGCACCACUUGUUACUGUCGACCUGCUGAUAUUUUAUAUAUUUUAGCCCUUCAGUAGCCUGGGACCAGGCUCUGCAGUGGGGAAAAAAGGCCAAAAACAGGAUGAGGGGAAAGCUACGUGCAUUUCCACUAUAAACAAAUCUCUUUUUAGCGAAUGCGUUUCUAGAAAGAAAGACUACGUAGAGUAGGAAAUUAUGUAUGGGUGAAGACCAACGCCGUGGUGGCGUGACGGGGGAAGCGUAGUAAUCUCCUCUGCCCUUACCACCUUGGCCUGCGUUUCAGGUACCCCUUCCUGGCACAUCUUACUUCUAAGAAAACAGCUUACAGUCAAACCAGGUGAAGCGUUCCUGUCGCUAACGAACUAAUAAAUUCAUUAACGGAAACAUGAUUUCGUUUGUUGAUUCAAUAAUCCAUUCAUAAAAUGAACAAUCCAAUUUUCAUAUUUAGCCUCGAUUCCUUAAUCGAAUGUUGAUUCGAUUACUGUUUUUUGAAAAACUACACUUUUUUUUCUCCUUUUUUUCUAAGAGUCGAGUUCGGGUGAAUUCUGAAUUUCAAACCCAGACAAACUGUUACAUGUACGUCAUUUUGUUUCCAGUAAUCACUGCAACGGACCUGACCUCUUAGGAAACACGAUAGUGAAACUAAGGUCAGUGUAUGUGCGGUGAUUGGUGGAUUUCGAUCCCCGGCCUUUGUCAGUUUCUUUGCGUUUGCGGUCUGUCUCUUCUAGCUGUUAUUUUGAUUAAAGGCAAUUACAAACGCAAUCGUAAACGGCAGGCAAAGGGAAGCAAAUACGAUUGAGCUCAACAGACAAGAAUAAAGAACAGGUAGAUUUUGUUCACAAACCAAGUCAACAUUUAAUUAUUGAAUCGAGGUCCAAUUUGACUGUUGGAUUAUUCAUUUUAUGAAUGGAUUAUUGAAUCAACAAACGAAAUAAUUUUUCCAUUAAUGAAUUCAUUAGUUUGCUAGUGACGGGAACGCUUGACCUGGUUUGACUGUAAGCGAAUUCAAGUGUUUUCUCAGAACCCCGAGAUUUAUUCGUAUAGUGAUUGGAGGCAGCGUAAUAGAGAAGAGAUGUGUUACGUCACGUUACCAAGAGAGCCAAAUUUCUGGAUAAAAACAGUUUAAGCAACGACGACGGCGACGGCAACGAAAACGGCAAAAAAGCAAUGGUUUAUAUUAGCAAAACCAUUCCUUAUCAUAGGAAAUGAACGCGAAUUUCAAAAAUUCCCAUUAAUUUUAGUCCCGUUAAUUUCUAGCCUGCGAAAACACCCGUUUCUCCUCACUCUUCGUCGCUGAGGACGUUUCGCUUGGAGGAACGUCUGCGACUCAGCGAUAGAAAUUCCAUACUGAUGACGUAAAAUCUGUCCAGAAUCCGGUCAGAAGCGCUGAUUGGUCGACGGAGCAGUUACAUUGUUUUAGCUAUUGUUUACAAAUGACAGGCAAAAGACAAAAGGCCAAAAAGGUCAAAUGUAAACACGAAGAAUCUCUAACAAAACAGUCAAUAUUUGUGGAAUAUAGUCUUCUCUAGAAGAAGCAUUAAAGUUUUGCUGGAGCUCGUGCGCAGAUCAACACAACACUUUACCAAAAUCGACCAGAAGACACGCAAAAUUAGACAAAUUUAUAUUUGGAACCCCAUGACUACUGGAUUUAUUAUGUAAACAUUGAUUUGCGUCAUCAGUAUGGAAUUUCUGUCACUGAGUCGCAGACGUUCCUCCGCGCGAAACGUCCUCAGCGACGAAGAGCGAGGAGAAACGGAUGUUCUCGCAGGCUAGUUAAUUUCCGCAAACGUCAAUUUCCGCGACGUUAGUUAAGUGUAGCGUUAAUUUCGCGACCUUAACUUCCAUGUUUUUUGACCCCAAAUUCUCAAUACACUUCUGACGUUCUCGAGACCUAAGAAAGAGGGGUAUUUUAUCAGGGUGAAGAUCCGCCAGCAACAGUAAAACUGUGAAGAACUUGCAGUGGCCAGAUUUCUUCGCUUAACGUUUAAGGAAAGAACCACGAACAAAGUUUCCGUUUCGCAUUUCACGUUUAAUCUUCGCUGCUGUUGUCUCAGCAAGUUUUGUUUCUUUGUGCACGUCGAGUUAAUUUCCUUCAUUUUGAAAUGUUACCCUCUCUUUCGCGAGUUAAUUUCAUUUAUUCAAAAGUCGUUUUCUACUAAAUUCGCGUUAAUUUAAGUGGCGUUAAUUUCUAAUACCUUAAUUUCAUGAAGUGUUAAUUUCCUCUAAUAGGGUAACUUUGCACGUACAUCAAGUGUAUUGUACAAUUUUUAGCUUUCAUUGGUCGACGGCGACAUGAAACGUUCUAAUCAAUUUAUGGAGUAGGUGAACACAACACAAAAAUGUUCCUUUUGUUUCUUAACUAAGAUAUGGUUCCUUUCGAUUCAACCCCAGAGAAUUUCGCCAACACUUGGCAAAUUAAAUGAAGUUGAAUAAGAUCAAUGAAGUUUGAAAAAGUGCGAAUUCACGUUUUUGGUUUGUUGUCAUCCAGAUUUUGCUACCAUGGUAACGUGACGUAACAGCCUCUCCUCUCUACUGGGGAGUCUUAACAUGAGUAUCAAUCUACACGUAGUGACGUUUUCUUGUUGUCGCCGUGUCACGGGUGUAUCCUUCGCAUGGGAGCAAUCUCGUGUACAGGGCCCACCCAAGAGCUCCCCAGAGAGCUUGCUCGCAGGCUAGAUACGUACAUUCCAUGUGGGAAAUCGUUAGAUGAUGAUGAUGAUGAUGAUUCACAAGAUUCCAAAGAAGGGGCCUCAACAACUGUAAGAACUGUGGCAAGACGUAACACCUCUCUCCAUUUCAGCUCAUUUCCAGCAAGGUAUUCUGCAGAACAUUCCUCAAAAUGAUUGAUAGUGACAUAGAUCCCAAGUUGAGACCCGAACAGACUAGAUUUCGUACAGGCCGAGGCUGCAUUGUUCCAGAUUUUCCUCUCCAGAACAUCACUGAACAGUGCAUUGAAUGGAAUGUUCUCUUGUUUACCAACUUCACUGUCUUUGAGAAAGCAUUCGACAGAGUGGAAGAUCUUGAGGGCAUACGGACUACUACCUUAGAUUGUUACCAUCAGAAGGAAAUUUUAUGAACUCUUCGAAUGCAGUGUUAUCUUAGAGAAUACUCUGCCAGAGUAAUUCCCCAUCAAGUCUAGAGUACAACAGAGUUUUAUUCUCUCUCCAAUCUUUUUUGUAGUAGCCAUAGACUGGGUGAUAAGUGAAACAACCUGUUAUGAUAUCAUUGUGUUAUUUUUUGCCUCGUAUACGUCUCGUGACACAAUCCUUUGUAACCCAGACCUCGUGGUCAAGUGUGCGCUUUUGGACGAUCCGAGAUUAAAAGCUUGUUGAUGUUUGAGCUUGUUUGUUGUCCUUCAUCCAUCAUAACAUGGUGUCAGAAGUGGGAUAGUCAACCGAGACAUUAAGUUUACUGUUGUUGCCGCGAUUUCUGAAAGCUUAAACGCCUUGUUCGCAGUUCGUAGCUGGUGGUGAAGGCUAUAGUCUGCGUUCAUUCAUAAUCACAAAUAUGGCCGCUGUCAGCACAACCGCCAAAAUUCCAUCGCCGCUGAAUUUAUCCGACCGUUUGCACCAAGGAGAGAAUUGGAAACUGUUUCGUCGAGAAUGGAAAUUUUAUGAAUUAGCAGCUGGCAUUCAUAAAAGUCGGAAGAAGUUCGCGUUGCCUCUUUAUUAAAUUUCGUUCGAAAGGAAGGAAUGCACAUGUAUGAAACCUUUCAAUGGGACAAUCCGUCUCACGCCUUGAAAAUCGACAAGAUACUGGAAAAGUUUGAAGAACGCUGUGUUCCUGCUCGAAAUGAAACGUACGAAAGGUAUGUUUUCUUCAAACGUGAUCAGUUGCCAAGCGAGUCCCUUGACAGCUACCUAACUGCAUUAAUGAAAUUGUCUGAGUCUUGUGGUUUUGGAACGCUCCGUGAAUCGCUCGUUCGCGACCGAUUAGUUCUGGGAGUGAAAGAUGACAGGGUUCGUGAAAAGCUCCUUGGAAAGCGUGAUCUCGAUUUGGAUAAGGCAAUUAAAACGAUCAAAGCAAGUCAAGUUACUCAUUCACGAGCAUCGGAAAUUGCGGGUGAAAUAUCAAGUCAAGAAGAUGUUAGUGCUGUGAAACACAAGUCUAGAGCACAAGAGAAAGGAAAGCCUCGCAAGAGUUCGACUCGGAACCCAUCGUCUAACAGUAAGUCUAAAGAGUGCCUAUUUUGUGGCCUAUUUUGUGGUCGGACAGAAAUGCAAAAACUGUGGCAAAGUUGGUCAUUUUGCAGUCAAAUGUCGCAGUGGUAAGUCUGAGAAAGUUAAUGUCAAUGAUGUUGAGGAAGUUUUCUACAUUAAUAAUAUUGGUGGAAAAGAUCAAGCCCUUGUUCCUGUUACUCUAAAUGACGCUGCUUCAGUAACAUUUCAGAUUGAUACAGGCUCUUCAGCAAACAUCUUACCACUUGAAGAUUAUAUUAGAGCCACUAAUGACUGUCAGUGUACAAACAUUGUUCCUAAAGAUAUCACUCUGGUUAUGCAUGAUCAUUCAAAGAGAAAGGCAUUUGGUUUUGCUAGGUUGAGAGUAGAGCAUAAUGGCAGCAAGCAUGAUUUGAACUUUGUUAUAGUUGAUCAAAAGGUUACACCUUUGCUUGGUUUGAAGUCUUCUCAAGGUAUGGACCUUGAGACAUCACUGUCCAAAAUGGUUUGCUGUUCAAGGGUGAACGUAUUAUUGUACCCUCCCAGUUAAGAAAAGAAAUGAUGGAGAAGAUUCACUCGUCCCACCUGGGUAUCGAAGGAUGUCUCCGCCGAGCAAGAAAAGUGUUCUACUGGCCCAGGAUGAAUGCCGAAUUGAAAGAUUUUAUUCUCAAGUGUGAUGUCUGUAACUCUUUUAAGCCACAGCAACCCCAAGAGCCUCUAAUGCCACAUGAAAUUCCUACGAGGCCCUGGCAAAAGGUUGGAACAGACCUGAUGCAAUUUGAUGGACGCCAGUACUUGAUAACCGUUGACUACUUUUCCUCGUUCUUUGAAGUGGACAAGCUAGAGACCACUGAUUCCAGAACUGUUGUUGAGAAACUGAAGAUGCAGUUUAGCCGUCAUGGGAUACCAGAGAUAGUGGUAUCUGACAACGGUCUUCAGUACAAUUCCUAUGAGUUCAAGAAGUUUGCAGAAGACUGGAAUUUUCAGCAUAUUAACUCUUCGCCCCGCAACCCACAAAGCAAUGGAAAGGUGGAGAGUGCAGUAAAAAUGUGUGAAAACAUCAUGAAGAAGGCAGCUCGGGGAAAGUUUGACCCGUAUCUGUCUCUCUUAGACUAUCGCAAUACACCUACGGAUGUUGGCUCCUCUCCGUCCCAAAGGCUUUUCAGCAGAAGAACGCGCAACCUGCUAUCGCUGACACCCAAACAGCUUGAACCUGUGGCAGUGCCACCGCAAGAUGUACAGCAAAGGCUAAUUGCCUCCAGACAAAAGCAGGCGUACUAUUACAACCUCAAAGGAAAAGCACUGCCUGAACUACAACCUGGUCAGAUUGUCAGGAUGAAGAAACCAAAUGAAAAGACCUGGACUGAAGCUGUUUGCAAGAAAAUGAUUGGACCACGAUCCUACACUGUUGUUUCUGGUAACCGCACAUAUCGUAGAAAUCGUAGACAAUUACGUUUGGUUCCAACCACCGAUCAAGCAAUGUGCAAUCCUGUGAGCAGUAAGCAGUCACGUCCUACAGAUGAUAGUCAGGUCCUCACCCAGUGUGCAUCACCCACUAAGAAUUCUGAAGGACCCAAACCUGUUUCAGCUGAUUCAAGCACAACAGCUCUUCCUGCUGAUUUGGCAUUCAGUUCGGCCAUCACAAGGAGUGGCCUCACGGUAAGGCCCCCAGUUCGUUUCCAAGAUUACAUGACUUGAGAACUUUUCCGAACAGUGACUUUGAUUUAGAAACAUUUUAGGACUUUUAUCCCCUGACAGUUAAGUGUAUUUUCUUUCAGUUCUUUAAACAGGGGAGGAUGUUAUGAUAUCAUUGUGUUAUUUUUUUGCCUCGUAUACGUGACGUGACACAAUCCUUUGUAACUCAGACCUCGUGGUCAAGUGUGCACUUUUGGACUAUCCGAGAUUAAAAGCUUGUUGAUGUUUGAGCUUGUUUGUUGUCCUUCAUCCAUCAUAACACAACCCCAGACCGUCCGCGUGGAAUCCAGUGGACCAUGGUCUCACAUUUAGAAGAACAUGACUUUGCCCAUGAUCUGGCAGACAUGUCAGCCACUCAACCAUCUCCGGGGAAAAUGCAACCGACAAAACAAUUUUGCAAAGCAAACCGGUCUGCUCAUUAUCGUUACAAAGACCCAGGUGAUUUACUGAUGUCAAUACCCUACAACACUCCCAAUCAUCAUCAGUGGAAAGGAACUACUGAGCUGGAUUGCAUUGACCAUUUCACUUAUCUCGAAAGCCUUAUUAGUAAUGACAAUGGUGCCCAUAAUAAAGACACCAAAGCUCGCCUUAUUAAAGCCAGAAGUGCUUUCGGUCGAUUCUGCAACAUCUGGAAGUCGAACUACUGAACCAACAAGAUCACUAAUAAGGAACGGCAUAAGAACUGGGACAGUAUUAAAUCAAGAACCACAGACUGCAAUGGCUUGGUCAUGUCCUAAGGAUACCCAGUGACAGGAUACCCAAAGUUGCCUUGAGAUUGACUCCAACUGCGAAGAGGAACAGUGAUGAUUGAGCUGGAGUUGGUGCGCGUGCGUUCGAGGAGAUCGGAGGCUCGAAAUACGAGAAGUUGCCAAAAAGUUGCCGAGCAACUUGUGGAAAGCCCUGUAAGCGGCCCCUCAAUUAAGUGUCAAUAAUGUUAAUGUACUCCGAGUGUAAGGCCCUUUCCACACGAAACCUGAUAUUUUGAAACCACAAAUACAUAUACAUUUUUUACAAGGUUGCUUUGUAGUGAUUUCAAGUUUAUUGUUUCAAGUAAAUACGUCCAGUUAGGCUAGUUGAAGCUCCGCUUUUGGGCUUCGAUCUCAAAUAUGGUACAGACAAUUUGAAAUAACUUUAAAUGGGCUCCUUGCUAAACAGAGAUAAUAACGUGCGCAUGGUACUGUGUUACUGGCAAAUAAGAGGUUUUGAAUAAGCUUUGUUUCCAAAUAAACGCCGCCCCCCAAACAAAGCGCGGCAAGAAGAAAAGUUCAAUGAGCUCCGCUGCUUUCUUCGAGUAAAUAUCGUAAGGCACGUGAUCAGAGUCAGUACUGCGCAUAUGUGAAGGUAAAGAGAAAUACCUUACAAACGAUAAAGCAAAGCUGAGCAACAAACAAAUGAUCAACUGUUGAAUAUCCACCGACAACGUAUCUUAUUUUCAUUUCUUUAAUGGCUGUUCGACUUCGGAGAAAUUUGUUUGUAUCUCUGAUCAUUUUACUGAUUCUGCUGGCCAUGUACAUGGUUGCUCUGUACCAAGGUAAGCUACCAUUUUACCUUUUUCAAAUUUCAAUUCUUGUAUAUAUCUUGACCGAUAAAGGACACGGAUUUUCGUUAUUCGUUUGUUGGCUAACUAACUAACUUCAAAAAUAGAAAAAUGGUUCUUCACUCCGCGCACUUUCCUUUCGUCAGAUAAGUAUGCGGCAGGAAAUUACGUGUAUCAAACCUGCUGCCACAGUUCACUACCUAACUGAAUCCUUCCUGCUUUUUUUUCUAAUUAAUGUUCAGUUGAACGCUUCUUUAACCACUUGGAACACUCGACUGGACCAAGAAAUACUUCAAACGUAAUGCAUGUAAGUUGCUGUUCUGCAAUUCGUUUCGAUCAAACUUUCCUCACAAAGAAAAAUAAUCGCCAUCUCCUGCAUUAACUUCAAACUAGCCAGAGUUCCUAGCGAUGAAAUGACUGUCUAUUGGAGACUCCCGUCUUUACAUUUGUUACUUCUUUUUUACCUUAAGGUUUUCCAAAAUAGUCAGUGUCCAACUUUUUAUUUUUAUUUUUAUUUUUUUCACAGAAAGCCUUGGGUAAUGAAAGUUUGAAACUCAGAAAUUAAAAUGUCUCGUUAAAUAAAUAUGUUUUGCAUUUUUUCUCCUUUAAAUGUGUUAAAACCAUUACUUAAUGGCUACGACUGAAGGUGAAUCAAUCACUCUUGGCUCAACACAUGAUAUAAUGCUGCGAUUAUUUGGAUAAGCAAUAUUCCUUUAUUAGAUAUUAUUAACAGAAAGGUUUUAAUCACAUAUUCAUUAGGCAACAGAUAUAUAUGGCCUUUUAUGGCUAAUUAACGUCAGAGAUGUUUCCUACAGAAGUUGUCCUUGGCAGCUCUCCCUGACGAAAAAACUGGCGAGUAGCAUUUUAACAAGGAGAGCUAUCAAGACUGAACACUUGUCAGGAUUGAUAUUUGUUAGCGGUAAUGACUCAUCAAGGACUCUUGUCAAGGAAACGCCAAGGGCAGGCCAAGGAUUUGAGGAAAUUUAACGUCCGUUGGCCGAUUUCAUUAUCGCGCGGGCAAUAAUGAUAACUAUUGGUCGAGAGAAAUUGCAGUUAAAGAGAGGCUUUAUUUUAACUCGAUAAUAAUUUUUAUUUUUCAUCUUUGUUGUCCCUGUAACUGACAUUACUUUCUCCAUAGAUGUUGAAGCGGUCAGGUUCUUGCCCGAAGUAGAUAAAACAGCACGCAUUGCUAAAAAAGAACUCAAGGUAGGUUAAAUCAUGUCGUGUUACUACAGGUGUUAGUAGUGUAGGAGAAUGAUGUUUAUCUAGCCGGCAUAGCCAAGGCGUUUCUGUGCGGUUUCACGAGGCCAAAACCGAAAAUUCCGUAACGGAAACUCUUGCUACGCAGGCUAAUAUUUAUCUGUCACGAUUUUAUCCUCUUUAACGAUCGUUUUGUUUGCGAGAUCGUUUAAUGUCUUUUAAAUGGAUUCGUGUCGACAAAGUCUCAACUAUACUAAAGAAUUAAGAGAUGGGAAAGGUAGUACGGACCGGCUGGAGUUGUAGGUAGAAGAUUACGUUUCUGGGAAACUGCCCACCUACCCCUCCCCUAAGCCAACAUUAACACUUACUUCCUACUUAGGGCAAAGUGUUGGCUUAAGGGAGGGGUAGGUGGGCAGUUUCCCAGAAACAUAAAAUGUUUUGCUUGUUUCAUGUCCUGUUCAGCCUGUUUGUGUAAAAAAUGAACUUUACUUGAGUGUCGAUGUUGUAUUUAAAGUACUAAUUAGGGACAGUACUUGGGUGCCAGUUUACACGGUUUAAGCGCCCCUACCGACUAAGCUAAUCCUGAUUCUCCUGAUUUCUAAUCGAACCUUCUGGCUAAGGCUCACGUUAGUCAAUCCACUUUUCAGAUAGAGAAGGAUGAUCACCUUUUGGAGCGGAUUAAAAGAGACAAGCUGAGCGACAGCAGCGACUCAGAGACUACUGUGAGAAGCACGCUUCAAGCAGAAAUCGAAACGAUCGAUACGAUCAUCCUAUAAUUGUUAACGAUGAGUACAAAGUAAUCUUCUGCUAUAUUCCCAAGGUGGCCUGCAGUCAAUGGAAACGUGUCUUUCUUGCUCUUGAUAACCGCACCGAUGUGGAUGAUUUGCAUAAGAACAAACAUUAUAAAUUUCUCUUAUAUGAUUAUUCGGACGAGGAUAUUAAAGUGAGGCUAAAAUCUUACUUUAAGUUUCUAUUUGUUCGCGAACCACUCGAGAGGCUUUUGUCAGCCUACAAUAACAAGUUUGUAAACAACAAAUGGUCUUGGAGAAAAAUUCAAAGUUAUAAAACGAAAAUUUUGGAAAGAUACAAACAAGACGAACCUAGUUCUAAUAGCUCCGACCAGUAUCUUACUUUUAAGAAGUUCAUUUAUUAUGUGAGUGAUGUUGGGUUUGAUACAAAUGCACACUGGCGAUCGUACGGCCCAAUUUGUCACCCAUGUGAUAUAAAGUACGAUUUCAUCGGUCAUUUUGAGGACAUGACAGAAGAAGCACCUUAUAUCCUACGGCAAACAGGAAUGGAUCGAGCGGUGACCUUUCCUCCGUUUCUUACCCACAAUACUACAAGUCAACUUCUUAAAAGCUAUGCCCCGAUACCCAAGGAGAAGAUCGCUCAGCUGGGUAAGGCCUUUGAAGAAGACUUUGAAAUAUUUAAUUACGAUUUCCCAGGGCCUCUAUCCGAUCUCAUGCACGAUUGAAAAGCCAGUAUCUAUAGCAAAUACAUAUCUACGAGGAAAGUAAUUCCGUUUUUUAAUAAAUUAGAGGUCUUGGUCGGAAUAGUGUUAACGGGUAGGUAUUACAUUGGCCUGAAAUUUAGCCUGCUUAGACGGCGCUUAUAAAUGAUAUAGGGGCGAGAAAGAACGUGGCUCUCAAAGGGGAACACGCUCCCUCUUACGUCGAUCGGGUGCCCUUUUCUUUUUUGCGUCUAUGUUAUUUACAAGCGUCUGCUACGCAAAGCUCAGUCUCCAGCCGUGGGUGUUUCGAUGCGCCCGCCGAUUCCCACCCGGCUGGAGACUGCUACGCACGCAAGCUACCUGAAAUUGACUCGCUCGAGCAUGGGACCUUUUGACAUACUAAGCCAUAUGGGAUUAAGGGAG